UUAUUCGAGUUUACAGGUAUAGUUAAAAAUCAUUUGGUAGUUUGUAUUAUUGGAUUUUAUCCAAAUAAACAUUUAAAAUUAUACUAUGUCUUUAUUAAAAACAAUUUGGGGAUGUUUGUUUAGUCCUCGUCUGUACAAGUACCAAGAAACAACAUGGAAGUCAUACGAGCCAAAUGGUUUUGAACGAUGGGGAGAUCAUGUUGUCACGUCUUUUGCAACAUUAUGGUCACUGAGCAUCUGGGCAGUCCCUAUAAUAUCACCAUUUAUUUUCCGGCGUAGUAAUUCGUUGAUCGACAGUGUAUAUACAAUUUCGAGAUUCGUUGCUGGUGCUGGAGUUAUUUUCAUAGUUUCUUUGGCGGUCAGAGGUUAUGCUAGAGCUAACAACCCGACUUAUUUAAAGUUCAUAAAGACCCUGACUAAAGCACAGCAAGCUUACAAUCAAGAAUCGAAAGAAGCUCUUCUUAAAUAUGAUUUUCAAUUUUGGGCAUGGCCAGUUGAUUUUGAAAUUCUUUCAAUAAAUAGGCCAAAUGGAAAAACAAGAAUAGUCAUCCAAAAUUCAAGUAGGCUAGCUAGAAGAGGAGGCAAGGAUUUAAUAAUGGCAGUUCCCUGUAAAAUAGUAUCUUAUAUUGUUGCUAAUACUGUUGCAAUAAGGCUAAUGUAUCCUGGUAGCUUGACUAUUAUAAAUUUCGCUAUGCAAUCACCAAUGCUGCAAGGAAGAAUGGAUAUGCUAGACGCCGGCGGAAGUAGAUCAAAGCUACGGACAAUAAACAAAAAUGACAUCGACACGAUGUUCAUUGAUCGACGACACAAGUCAUCUAACGGUCAUAUACUGGUAAUAACUUGCGAAGGUAACUGCGGGUUUUACGAAACAGGAAUUUUAACAACGCCUAUGAAUAAAGGAUACUCUGUUCUCGGAUGGAAUCACCCUGGCUUUGGCGGAAGUACUGGGUCGCCUUUCCCAGAUGCCGAAAUUGAUGGCAUGGAAGCUGUAAUGCGUUAUGCUGUUGAAAAAUUAGGUUUUCCUGAAGAAAGAAUCAUCGUGUAUGGCUGGAGUAUUGGUGGUUACACUGCCACGUGGGCUGCGAUGAAUUACCCUGGUAUCCAUGGCCUAGUUCUCGAUGCGACAUUCGACGAUGUUCUUCCUCUGGCCAUCUCACGAAUGCCAGCGGCUAUCGAUGGCAUCGUUCGCACUGUCAUCAGAGAAUACUUGAACCUGAAUGUCAUAGAGCAGCUGAAGAGAUACGACGGUCGUGUGCUUCUAGUGCGUCGAACUGAUGACGAAAUAAUGUGUACACCAACGAAUCAUUUGUCGGAUAAUCGUGGAAAUAUAUUGCUCACUAAAUUACUUAUGUACCGGUAUCCUAAUCUGUUUGCUAACUGCCCAGAAAGUCAAGAAGUCUUGAAGAAAUACCUGGAGAAUCCUACUAGUGAUGCUAGUAAUUCGACUAUAUCUCUUGCUGUCAGGACUCGUGGGUUUUUCAGCAAUGGAAUGCCUCUCAAUGAGAGUUUGUGUAUAGCAAAAAUAACCAAUAGUUUGACGAAAAAUACACCAGCUACCUAUCCAUCGAGUUUGGGGGAAGAUUGUGAUACUGUGACAAAACAACAGCUUGUUAUUUAUCUUGCAAAUAAAUACAUGGAGGACCAGGUAUCGCAACAUUGCUCUCCACUUAUUACUGAACUGUUUCACCCUGGUUGGGAUCCUCUAAGCACAUUUAAGCUCAGAGCAACGUAAUGAUAAUGAUUAAACUGAUAAUUGAAUUCUCAUAAUUAUGUGAUUUUUUAAACAAAUCAGGGAAGACAAAUUAUCUUCCUAAUUUCCUUUAUCGCAUUUUUCGUUCAGAAUUUUAAAAAACUGUGUGGUGUGCAUUAUAAAUUAUAAAUAUUUAUUUCCAUGAGAG